GGGAGCGGGUAAGUCUCCUGCUCCCGCUCAAGCCAGGGAAAAAGAGGCAAAAAAUUGUUACCUAAAGGCAAUGGCGCACUUGGCAGAGUCCCGAAACAUAAAAACCGAAAUAAAAACAGGGGUACAGUCAGCUGUAAAGCGGCUGUACCAAAUGGUAAAAGAAGCCGAGGAGGAGUUGGCGGGAGGCCCAGCAAGAAUAACAACUAAAACAAGAAACGAAAAAGACAUGGAAGAAAAUAUAUAUGAUAAGCUAAACAGACAAAUUGAAAGAUUGGAAACAGAAAAUAGUAGGCUGGAGAAAUGUAGGAAAGGAAUAGAGGAUCUGGCAAAAAAGAAAGAUGAAUGGGUCCUGACCGAGAUAAGGAAAGAGUUUGAGGAGAAGGAAAUUAAGGACAUGGAGAGGCAGAACAACUGGGCUGCAAGUAUGAAAUCGUACGCCGAAGCGACGAAAGUAAAUCUCGGUCAGGGCAAAAACGACACAGAAGGCCCGGGGCAAAAACCUGCACUGCACUCUGUCGUGGUGGCGCCGAAGAACGCGACCGACACGGCAGAGGAAACGGUGCAGAACAUCCGGCACUUGCUAAACGCGAAGGAGGAAGGUUGGCAAGUGCAAAAAAUAAGAAAAGCAAGAGAUGGGAAGGUUGUGGUGGGUUGCAGGACAGAGGAAGAGAGAAGAAAACUUAAAGAAAAACUGGGCACAGAAAUGGAGGUCAAGGAGACCUCCAACAAAAACCCUCUCGUAAAAAUAAAAAAUUUACUGACCUGCAACACCACCGAGGAUAUUGCCCGGGCCCUAAAGAACCAGAACAAACACGUGACUGCGCACCUAGAGGAAAGAGAGCUGACAAUAGUAGAAAAGUAUAGAAGGAAGGCAAGAAACCCUCUGGAGAGCCACGUGGUCCUGCAGGUCACGCCUAAACUCUGGCAAGCCCUGACAUCGGCUGGCAGGAUACACGUGGACCUGCAGAGGGUUUGGGUAGAGGACCAAUCCCCUCUGGUCCAAUGCACAAUGUGUCUGGGGUAUGGACAUACCCGCAGGAACUGUAAAAAAGAUACAGAGGUGUGCAGUCACUGUGGAGGAGCCCACAUGAGGGCCGAUUGCCAGAUCCUCGGGGAAGGAAAGCCUCCCAGCUGCGUUAACUGUAAAGCAAUGAAAGGAAGAGACGCAGAGCACGGAGCCUUCAGCCAGAGCUGCCCAACCCGGCAGGGAUGGGACAAGGCAGCGAGGCUGAGUUACGCGUACUGUUAA